GAGUCGCAGAGCCUGUCAGUCGCAGGCGGUCCGGAAUGGCUGGCCAACAACUUUAACUCAAGGACCCUCUCUCAACCGCUGCCCACCUCUCAGCAUCUCAACCUGGGCUCGUCUUGUGACCAGAGACCCUCCUACGACCACCUGCAGGCGUCCAGCCAGAGCUGUAUGGGUGAUCUCAGCACCUUAUCAUCCAGAAACACUCUUCACUCUGCCCUGUACAAAGGCCCUCACAGUAGCAACAAUCCAUCAUCCAACAUGCUGUUUGCCAACACUGCUAUCCCGUGUGACUCUCACAUGAUUUCCUCAUUUGCUCAGCAAAUCCCUCACACUUCAUCAAUGCUGCUAACUGCAAACCAAGGAAAAAAUAUCCCACCACCAUCUCUCCCCCAAACAAACCAAGCUUCAAAGCCCUGUAGGUCCCAACAUCUACCACUUUUCUCACCCCACGACCCAUACAAAGCUUCAUUUCAACCGCCAUUAACCAAUCAGGGUGUACCAAACGGAGUUCAGGAUCAGCCCAUUAGCCUGCCGUCGUGUGGACCGCAUGAGCAGCGUCAGUGGAUACCUUCAUCACCCUGCAGGGGAACUGUAAACGAGUCUGUCCCUGAUGCAGCUGCUCAUCUUAACAAAGAACCAACGCAAGAAGGGAACACAGCUCCACCGACCAGCAAUGAGAAAUUUCGUUCCGCACUUUUACAUCACCGUGCACAAUUGCGUCAGCAACUGUCUGAGUUGGAUAAACUACUGAAAUCAAUACCUCCAGAUGACAGCAGCGAUGGGCAGUCUCCACACACAGCUAUUGAGGUAGGUUAAGUUUUUUAGAUGCUGCCUGCAGUUUGAAUGAAGUACAACAAUUAAUAUCUAAAACACGCACAAAACCGGCAAUGAUUGGUUUGCCAGAGCUGAAGUGGGGAACAACCGUAGCAACAGAGUAGGCUACAGACAGAAGGAACAUGGAGAGCCUACAUGUCAUAAGCAGGUGUGGACAAACUUCCUUCUACAACAUAUCCUCACUGUAGGUGUUGCAUUUUGCUCUGUCGUUAUGUUUUUGUAGUGAAGCUAAGCCAAACUUUUGAUUGUUUGCUGCAGUCCGCCAUGUUCCAGGAAUGUAAACAGAACU